UGACGUUGGGUUCCAUCACUGCACGCGCCUCACCACCCCGCCCCCGCCCCGGCCGGACAAUGGGGUUUGUUGGCUCGCGAGGGCCUCUCGUGCUCUCUCUGUAUCUGGUGGGAUUCCUGGACUUAUUUGCUGUAAGUAUGGUGGUCCCAUUAUUAAGUCGGCACAUCAAACUUCUUGGAGGAAGCUCAACAGUAGCAGGGCUAGUAGGUUCUGUAUAUGGAUUGCUGCAGCUGCUUUCCAGUACUGUAAUUGGUUCUUGGAGCGAUGUUGCAGGAAGACAGAAAGUAUUAUUAAUUACACUCGUACUUUGUGGAUUUAGCUACGGUCUACUUGGCAUCUCUAGUAGCAUCCCUUUGCUAAUACUGGCUAGGAUUCCCACUGGUAUUUUCAAACACACUCAAUCCAUCUCGAAAGCUCUUCUGUCAGACCUGAUUCCUGAAUACGAACGCCCCAAUGUAAUGGGGAGGUUUAGUGCAGCUUCUAGUGUGGGUUUCAUUCUGGGCCCUGUACUUAGUGGAUAUCUGGUUGAGCUAGAUGGCGGCUUCUACACCACUUCCUUCAUUUGCAGUUUCAUUUUCUUUGUAAAUGCAGGUGUUGUCUGGACGUUGCCUUACAAAGCAAGGUUGUAUACUCCAACAAAAGAACUGCACUUAACAACAGAAGUGAAUUGUGAGACUGAGUGUGCUACUUUACAAAAAGAAAAAGUUAAAAAUCAUUCUACAAAGUCAGUGAUUACAACAGCCAAUGGAGUAGCAAGACACAAAACAUCAAAUUCUGUCUGGAGUCAGUGUACGUUGGUGGGACACAAUAUAAAAGGACUAAUUCAUUCUAAUCUAUGGGAUGUUUUUCUGGUAAGGUUCCUUAUGGCUCUAGCUAACCUUCUGUACUACAGCAAUUUUUAUCUUGCUGUUGAAGAAAGAUUUAACGCACCACCCAGACUAAUAGGAUAUCUCAUCAGCUAUGGUGGAAUAAUUGGAGCUCUAUCAGGUUUGAUAGCUGGCUCUGUCAUUGGACUCUAUAAUCGCAAAGUGAUCUUACUGCUGUUACAUUCAGGCAUCCUCACAUGUUGCACGAUGGUGAUGUACUCUGUUGCAUCGUCAAUACAGGUAGUUCUACUGUGCUCAACUGUUUUGGGGUUCUCAACCACUAUUGGCCGUGUGUGCAUCACCGACAUGGAACUGAGCCAAGGUGGGCAACAGGCCAGAGGUACUAUGAUAGGAGCCGGACAAUCAGUCACAGCUGUUGCACGUAUACUUGCCCCGUUGUUUUCUGGGAUUGUUCAAGAAUUCAGUGUGUGCGGUCCACCAAGACUCGGUGCUGCCUUAGCUUUACUCGCCGUCCUCCUUAUGGCCUCUAUACAUUCGAAACUCAAUAAAACCACAGACGCCAAAUCGAAACUACAUUAAGGAAUUGCAGAACUUAUCAUGAAGUAAUGUGACUUUUUUGAUGAAAUAUAUCAAAAAAAAAUAUAAUAUUGUGUUUACUUUCUAAAAUUGGAUGAUCAUUUUAUUAGACCCCUCGUCGGAAUUUUUUUUUUCUCUGAAGAAGGGUCUAGGCCCGAAACGUCAGCUUUCCUGCUCCAAUGAUGCUGCUUGACCUGCUGUGUUCAUCCAGCUCUACACCUUGUUAUCUCAGAUUCUCCAGCAUCUGCAGUUCCUACCAUCUCUGAUCAUUUUAUUCCAUGUUUUCCUUGAUAUGAAGUGUUUUCUCUUUGUUGCACUGUACUUCCAUAGAUGUUAGUGUCUCUCUGCUACCUGUUGGGUAGGAGUUUUGAUGACAAAUGCCAGCAAGCAGUGUACCCAUGAUGGGAAGAACAGAUAAUCCCAAAUAAAAGCAAAGUGCUGGAGAAAUUCAGCAGGCCUGGCAGCACCUGUGGACAGAGAAACAGAGUUUCUAGUCCAACGUGAUUCUUCUUCAAUUUGUUCAAAUCCUGGCCACAUGUUCUUCACCAUUGUCCACCUCACUGCCAAGUUCCACUUUAAUUUGGUCAGAGAUGGGGAUGCUUGCUGAUUUUACCCUGUGUAAACUGCACAAGGCCUGUUUUGGUGUCUUAGUUAUUGCUUUAUCUCAUCAGAAAACUCAGCAGAGACCUAGGAAUCAAACUGUUUAUGUCAUGACUUUAGUGGCUAAAUUGCACACUGCAUAGAUCCUCUGAGUCACUCAUCAGAAGGGAGAUUCCCCCACAAACAGUCCAAAGACACACACGCAAUGAGAGGUGUGGGGGUGGACAAAGCGAAAUGCCUGCUCAGGUGCUCCAGCACCUUGAGCCAGGUGUUUAAAUAAAAGAUUAAAGCAAAAAAAACCUUCCAGCCCAUAAUCCUCAGCUCCUCCACACACUUUUCGAUCUUUAUUCAUGCCAAACUAUGCCACACCUUGAUCCUACCUACUCCUGUAGCCCUUUACAGUCCCUGUGUGAACGUAUUGCCAAGCACCCUCUGCCAUCAUACUGCCUGCCAAUUCACCCAGUAUUAACAAUGGGCAGACUACGUACUGAAAAUAAAUAAUAUUCUUGAGCAUCCAUUUAUGAAAAAGUUUUUAAAAACUGAUCAAUAAUAACUUUCACUUUAUUUAACUUCCCUUAACCCUUAUGAAAAUAGGUAUUUGUGUUUAAUAAAAUCUCAGAUCAUAUACUUUGUAAGCACAUAGAUCUGUCAAACUAUGAACUAGCUGGCAUACCAUUGUGAUAAUGAUUAGUCUUGAAUCCAGUCAUACGGCAUUAAUCGUCUAAUGAAGAUCGUCUGGUUUAUGUCAAAAGAUAGUGCUUACUAUUUCACUUCACUUCAGACAGUUCUUCAAAUAUUUACAGAGAAGAUUUAAAUCUCUUGAUAACUUACUUGAGAACACCCUUCACAGCAACAAUUAGCUUGGCAACUCCAACAAAUUUGUUUAAUAUUUAUCCAAAGGACGCUGACCCUCUCCGAAAGGACACCUGACUCCUCCCAAUAGUGUCUUGGAGCUAUAUCCAAAAGAAUUCUGUACCUCUCCUGAAGGGUAUCCUACUUCUCCAAAGAACUCUGGUAAAUUCAGCCCUUUUCCUGACACAUCUGAAGUAAACCAGUCAUGUUUUGGACAUGCUUCAAAAGAAAACGGGCUCUGAUUGAAGAUAGCUGCACUUUAACGUGUGCAUUUACAUGUAUGAACCAUAAGUGUGCAAAGUACAACCUACCACAGCCUGGCUUCAGGGCUGGGACAACUGGAUUCAUGCCUCUGAUGCUAUUUUCAUUAAGCCAGGGAUCUAUCCAUUUGCAAAACUUCUGUACUUAUUCUGGUUACCUAAUAACCAAGCCAACACUUCUAUCACUUGUAUCACUUCUAUGAGUCAGUGUAUGCAUGUGGAUGACAGAUAAAGACAUUCAAAGAGCUUCUGACAGUCAGCUUAUAAUUGAAAAAUGUGUAUGAAGGGAAGAUACUCAAGCACCCAUUGCUUGCAAAACUAUAUCUCAGCAAGAGUCAUUGCCCUUAGUAGACAGAAAUUUGCACAAUGAAUAUUUAUUACCGUAUGAUAUAUUUGAAUUUUGUGUUGUCUGUACUUCAUGUAUUUAUAAAAUGUAAACAACCGUGUUAGUUUUAUGUUGUAACAUAUGUAUGAGAAAUACACUUAUUGUGCUAACACCAUCUUUCUAAACUGAAGAACAAACUUUCAUUCAAAGCAUUUGUUAAUCAUUGGGUUAGUCUUUUUGAGAAGAGUAAUCGCAGUUGUAUAAAUAGGUGGUUCUUUUGGUGAUGUUUUCCAAGGUAUAACCCACUUUACAAAUCUUACUUUAUAUCUUCUGAUUUUCAUUGUCUCUCCUCACUAUCUCUUCAACCACACAACAUCUCAAUUAACUAUGUUUACCAUCCCAAUUCUGGCCUUGCUGUUGUAUAGUUGCUCAGCCCUGCUAACACUGGGCCUAAGACAUUGGUACCUACCCAAGCAAACAUUCCCUCCCUUAACCCCAAUAUUUCCUGAGAUUUGACCUUCUGCUUGCUCACGCCUAAACUGCUCAUUGUGAUUAUCUUUUGCUGCUGCCCUGUCCACACCUGUGUAAUGUUUCUCCAGAUUGUUUAUCCAUCUCUGACAAAAUUGUAACUGAUUUUUUUUUUAACAGUCCAUGAGAACUUUGUUUCCUUGUCCUGUCAUCACCAGAAACUUUCUCCCUAUUGGUCUCACACCUUACUACUUACUUCACCUUAGACCACGCUGGCUCAGUGGUUAGUGCCAGGGACCCGGUUCGAUUCCAGUCUCGGGCACCUGUGUGUCUGGAGUUUGCACAUUCUCUCUCCCUGUCUGAAUAAGCACCCUCUGGGUGCUCUGGUUUCCUCCCACAGUGGCAAGAUGUGCAGAUUAAGUGGAUUGGCCAUGCUAAAUUGCCUAUAGUGUCUAGGGUGGAAAAUGCAGGGUGGGGCAGGUGGUAGGUCUGGGUGGGAUGCUCUUCAGGGGGUUGGUGUGGACUCAAUGGGCUGAUGGCCUGCGUCCACUCUGUAGGGAUUCUAUGAUAUAUCCCUCUACCUUGAGCAAACCCAUCUUGCCACCAUUGUUAUAGAGUUAAAGAGCCAUACAGCAUGGAAACAAACCCUUCCAUUCAACCAGACCAUUGCCAAACAUCAUCCCAAAAUAAACCAGUCCUGCUUGCCUGCUCCUGGCCCAUAUCCCUCUAAACCUUUCUUAUUCAUGUACUUAUCUAGGUGUCUUUUAAACGUUGUAACCCUGCAAUACCACUUCCUCAGGAAAUUCAUUACACAAAUUCACUACCCACUGUAUUAAAAAAAAUUACCCCCUGUGUUUCUUAAAUUACUCUUCUCUAACCUUAAAAAUAUGCUCCCAAGCCUUGAAAUCCCACAUCCUAGGGAAAAGACUCCUACCAUUAAUCCUAUCAUGAUUCUAUAAACCUCUGUAAGGUCACCUCUCAACCUCCUGCAUCCUGUAACCUUCUUCCUUCACCCCUCAGUUUCCAAGACAACUGCAGCUCUCUAUGUUCCCAUGCUGUCUGUAUUUCUGACUCCACUCUCUGUACAUUACCCCUUUUCUUUCUGCCCCCUCCACCACCAUAUCAUAAUUCCAUCAGAUCCAUUUUAGUCACUGAUCAAGUCAUAUCACACUUGUUCUGGCCAAUGUUUUGUCCUGCAAUCAGUAUCAUAAUCACGCUAUAGAGAUAGUUGGAACUGCCAAUGCUGGAGAAUCUGAGAUAAAAUGGUGUGAAGCUGGAUGAACACAG